CGCAUUAAGGCAGACUGCAGUCAAAACUCGGCGGAACAUAGUGCGCUGCUCCUCUCAUCCUGCCUGUCUUUUCAAUUAGAAAGAGAUGCACACUUUUACCUGCGCCAUGCACACCCAGAGAGCGUGUGUAAAAUAUAAAUAGCAAACAUGUUUCACACGCUCUCGUUUAAAAACAUUUUCUUUAUAGUGAUGUUUCGGCUUAUUUUUCAUUCUUGUCUAAGCGAUGCGCUUCAAGAGAAACAUUUCCUCCACUACAAGUUUACAGUCCUGACUAAAGCAGACACAUUCCCAGAGUUCAGUGCUGAGGUUGUUGCUGAUGACAGACAGAUCAAACACUUCAGUGAUGAAGAAAGAGUCUGGAUUCUGACUGAAGAUGACUGGACUGAACCUCCAGAUCCACCUGAUUCUAGAGACUGGUUCAUUCAUCAGAUCAGGACUCUGUCAAACUGCACAAACUCACAGUGUUCUGAGCUUCAUGUUCUUCAGAGAAUAAUUGGCUGUGAACUGGAGAAACUUCCUGAUGGAACAGUGAAUCUGACUGUCUUUGAUGAAUAUGGAUUUGAUGGAGAGGAUUUUAUAUCCUUUAAAUAUAAAACUAUGCAGUGGAUUGAUAAAAACCCAAAAGCCAAAGAAACCAAAAAGAAAUGGGAUCGUCAAACAGAACGAAACCAGUACAUCAAGUAUUUCUUCAAGAGCUGCAUGAACUGGAUCUCAACAUUUAAUAACACAAAACAGAGUUCUCCAGAUGUUCAUGUCUCUGUGAGGAAAUCUCCUGAUGAUCACAGUAAUCUGGUUCUGACGUGUCUGGCCACUGGUUUCUACCCCAGAGAUGUUCAGAUGAACAUUAGAUUGAACAGAACUAAACUUGAGGAUCAAACAUCUUCUGGAAUCAGACCAAAUAAUGAUGAAACCUUUCAGAUGAGAAUCAGUGUGAAGAUCGACAGAAACCUCAAAGGAUUUUAUGACUGUCUGGUCAUUCACAGCAGUCUGACUGAACCAGUUUCAGUAAAAUGGGAUGGAUCAUGUAUCGACUGUGAAACAGAAUCUCUAUGGCGUGUUGGAGCAGGAGCAGCAGCUGUAUUUCUAGUUGCAGUUCUCGCUGAGAUUGUGAUUGGUUACUUCAUCUACAAAAGGAGAUGGUCAAAUGGUAAAGGGAAACGGUGAAUUAGGAAACGCAGUGAAGCGUCAGGGGUUUUAAUGCUUCUGGACACGCUGACUGCUGCAGAAUUCACACUGAACUUCAAGUAUUUUGCACUAAAAUCAUGAAUUUACUGUUUUUACACAAGGUUCUCAUAAGCUAAAAAAAAUAUUUCUGUAGUGGUGAGCGUGAGACUACAGCAAAUAUGACAACAAUGCAUUCCCUUUUGCUCCAGUAGCCAAAAUAAUAAUCCACGAUUGCAUUUAAUGACUUUCUAAAUUAGGAAAAAAAUCUAGAGAUUGAUUACAGCCGUCAGAAGAGAGAAAGAUGUCAAAUUUACUGUCGCUCAAUUCAGCCAAAGCACAGAAAACCCUCUUGUUUUUACAGAAAAGAUCUGGCAGCUGUGAUUUCCAACAAGCUGUAAGUUGCACUAUUUAAAACUCAUUUUAAAUUUAAAAAUGUUCAUCACAAGCAGCUUUUCUGCAAACUGAAUUAAACACUAAUAUUUACAAGGUGUAGACUUUAAUUAAUAAUAUGUAGAAGGUGUAGAUGUUGUUUUGUAUUUAUUGUGUCAUACACACAAAUACAAAACACUAAAAUAAUAAUGCAAUAAACAUCCAACAACCUAAGAUGUAAUACAAACUCUAAUGUACAUCAUUUAAAAAAAGAAAUAAGAAACAAUUAUUAAAAUAAAAAAGCCAUCAAAAGUGCCACGCAGGGAGUUCAGCUUUUCAAUAUAAAUUAUAAGAUCAUUUGAUCUUUUUUACUUCCAAACACACAUUUAAUAGUAUUUUACUGUAAAAAUGACAUGAAAUGUAAUGUUAGACUGUUUACUAGUAAAGGAGCUUAAUGUUAACCAGUGAACAAGUUUUCAUUGUACCAUGUAAGUCUUUUACAAAAAAUUGGUGCUUAUUGGAGUUUAGAUGCAGUGUUAAUAACUGUAGAAAGUGUCAUCGCAAAAAAGAGGAAAAGGAGAUGUAAUAACCGUUGUAUUGUAUUUUGUUCUUAUACUGUAUUUUCAUGUUCUUAAAUGAACUGUUUUCACCAAACAUGACUGUUAAAGUGUUAACUAACAAUGACUUCUUGUUAACAUACAAGUAUUUAUUUUAUAUUAAAAUUUGAUUUUUAGCUUUUGUCAUUGCUUCUGAUAAGUGGCCUUCUCUCCAGGUCCUUUCAGUUCAUACAGUGAUGAAUCUCAUGUGCUCUUGUACUAUUAGACAGUGUUUCAGAGCUUUCUGUAUUGUUUGCACUUCUAUUUAUUGCCUCCUUAAGAUUAAUUGCUUGUUGUAUUCCUAAAUUUUAAGCCAUUUUGGAUAAAAGUGUCUACUGAAUGCUUCUUAUGAGCUGCUCAGAACUUAUUCAUGUUUAUAGACUUAUUCAUGUUUUUAGUGUGUGUGUGUGUGUGUGUGUGAGAGAGAGAGAGAGAGACAGACCAAUAUUUUUGAUCAACAAUACAAAUUUCUUUAAUGCAGUUAGAGUCCAGAAAUGAAUAUAUGUUGUCAGGAAAUUGUGUAUUUUGACAUGUAUCAUGGCAGAGGAACAUUUAAGUUUUUAUGACACAUGACAAAAAAACUUUUGGGAACACUC